GUACGAUUUAGUUCAGUUCGAAGAGCCGUAAACAACAGAUCAAUUCUGAUUUCAGCGCAAAAUCAUAAUAAUGAGGAAAUAUAUAGAACUUUUCGCUUUUUUGUUAAUUCUAAAAACGAGUUUGUGUUCCAAUGAAAGACUGGAAAGUAUUAUCGAUGGUUAUGGUCAACUGAUUGAAUCGAAGGAACAGGAACUGUUAUUGCUGGAGUCGCAGAUCAACGAUUUGUUAAAGAAGUUGGAUGAAAUUAAGAUCAAUAGUGGGAAUAUCUUGGAGUUGGACCAACUAAGAAAAAGUCUAAUAGAAAAAGACGAAAAACUCAAGGUCUGUGAGAGCAACUUCAAGAAUCAACAGAGCUCCCCAGGAUUCUGGAACACAAUGAAGGAAGUCAUAAAGCCAAAACUAGAGGAAAAACUAAAAUCAAUGUGUACAAAAACUGUGGAAGACAAUGCAAAUUCUAUAGGUGCCAAAAGUGUGGAAUCCAAUGAAACCAGCACAUGGGAUAGCAUUAUGAAUAAUUGGAAAGAUAUUCCCCGCCAGAUAAUCGUUUAUUUUUCAGAGAACUGAUACGUAUUUAAAUAAAAGACCACACUCAAAUACUCUA